AUGGAGUCCAUGUUGAAUAAAUUGAAGAGUACCGUUACAAAGGUAACGGCUGAUGUCACCAGUGCAGUCAUGGGAAAUCCUGUUACCAGGGAAUUUGAUGUUGGCCGACAUAUUGCCAGUGGUGGUAAUGGUCUUGCUUGGAAGAUAUUUAACGGAACUAAAAAAUCAACAAAACAGGAAGUGGCUGUUUUUGUCUUUGAUAAGAAGCUAAUAGACAAGUAUCAAAAAUUUGAAAAGGAUCAGAUUAUUGACUCUUUAAAACGAGGUGUUCAACAGCUAACCAGGCUUCGACACCCUCGACUACUGACUGUUCAACAUCCAUUAGAAGAAUCCAGGGAUUGCUUGGCAUUUUGUACAGAACCAGUCUGUGCAAGUUUAGCUAACGUUCUUGGCAGCUGGGACAAUCUACCUUCUCCUUUACCAACGGACAUUAAAGAAUACAAACUUUAUGAUGUGGAGACCAAAUAUGGUUUGCUUCAGGUUUCUGAAGGCUUGUCUUUUUUGCAUAGCAGUGUGAAAAUGGUUCAUGGAAAUAUUACUCCUGAAAACAUAAUUUUGAAUAAGAGUGGAGCAUGGAAAAUCAUGGGUUUUGAUUUUUGUAUCCAGUCAACAAAUCCUUCUGAACAGGAGCCGAAGUUCCCUUGUAAGGAAUGGGAUCCAAACUUGCCAUCCUUGUGUCUUCCAAAUCCUGAAUAUCUGGCACCAGAAUAUAUUCUCUCUGUGAGCUGUGAGACAGCCAGUGAUAUGUACUCUCUAGGAGCUGUUAUGUAUGCAGUGUUUAAUAAAGGGAAACCAAUUUUUGAGGUCAACAAGCAGGAUAUUUAUAAAAGCUUUAGUAGACAACUGGAUCAGCUGAGCCGUUUAAGCGCCAGUACUCUUCAGAAUAUACCAGAGGAGGUGCGUGAACAUGUAAAGCUACUCUUAAAUGUAGCUCCAGCAGUCAGACCAGACGCAGAUCAAAUGACCAAGAUACCAUUCUUUGAUGAUGUAGGAGCGAUGACGCUUCAGUAUUUUGAUUCAUUAUUUCAAAGGGAUAACCUUCAGAAAUCACAGUUUUUUAAAGGGCUACCAAAGGUUCUGCCAAAACUACCUAAGCGCGUUAUCAUUCAGCGAAUUUUGCCUUGCUUGACUUCUGAAUUUGUGAAUCCCGAUAUGGUACCCUUUGUCUUGCCUAAUGUUCUCCUAAUUGCUGAGGAAUGCACCAAAGAAGAAUAUAUCAGGCUUAUUCUGCCUGAUCUUGGUCCUGUUUUUAAGCAGCAAGAACCAAUCCAGAUCUUGUUGAUCUUCUUGCAAAAAAUGGACUUGCUUCUAACCAAAACACCACCAGAUGAAAUAAAGAACAGUGUCCUACCAAUGGUUUAUAGAGCCCUGGAAGCACCUUCAAUUCAGAUCCAGGAGCUUUGCCUAAACAUAAUUCCCACAUUUGCCAAUUUAAUAGAUUACCCAUCAAUGAAAAAUUCUUUAAUUCCAAGAAUUAAAAAUGCAUGUUUGCAAACUUCUUCUCUUGCUGUCCGGGUAAACUCCCUAGUGUGCUUAGGCAAGAUUUUGGAGUACUUGGAUAAAUGGUUUGUGCUUGAUGAUAUUUUGCCUUUUCUACAACAAAUUCCAUCCAAGGAACCUGCAGUGCUAAUGGGAAUUUUAG